GUUAUCACAUUAUCAGACCUGAUGCAAUUUUCAAGCGGGAGCAAGAAGAGCCGUGGAUGGUGGAGAAAGAAGUUCUAAGUCAGAGCUUUGCAGGAUGUGUCCUCUUUGUGCGGAGCUGGUGAUGGCACGUUCCCCCUUCCCUAGACAGCGGCACGAGCUGGUGGCCAGCAUUUAGGACAAGGAUUCUCCUCCCAGCCGCCUCAGCUCCCUCCUCCUCUCCUGCGCUUCCACCCAGCAGGGGUGGGCUUCCUUCUUCCUCCUGAAGAAUUCAUAACUUUCUCCUGUUACAGGGACGCCGACUGAGUCCUUCUUUUUUUCUUUUCUCUAAUUUGCCAGGUUUCUGAUUUAAACCCAUAGAGAGUAGAAGAUGCAGGUAGAAUAAAAACCAAAUAUCGUAAGCCUGGUGAGGACACUUUCCCUCGCCCAUCUUCUGUGCUGACUGAGCCCUUUGCAGGCAACUCCCUGGGUGCUUUUCACUGCAUUGAUGUCCACCUUCUCGAGGCUUCUCACUAACCCUUCAAAGAGACUACUGGUUUUCAAACCCCCAAGUGCUGUGUGAUAUUUUAACUACAUUUAUGUUGGAGGACCUCAUGGUAUGGCAACAUCUUAUCCAUUUGUUUUUUGUUUUUAAUUUCUGUUGCCAGAAGUCAGGGCUAACUCCAUUCGAACAAGUUUCUUCCUCCAAGCCUUUCAUACAUUUUUCUCUGCACUUGAGCCUUUGAUCCUCAGAUCUUUUCCCCACGUGGACACUAUGUGUCUCUUCAGUUUGAGCCAUUUCUCAUACCCAGGGGUGUUGGUUCCCAGUGUGUGAUCUCUGCCCACUUAGGAUUGCAUUAUGGGAACUUCGGCCCUAGUCAGACAUUAUCUGGGACUUUUAACCAAUUUUUAACCAAGUAGGUCUUAAUGAUUCCCCCCCGCCCCACAUAGAAAGACUGCAAGGAACAUAUUCUCUCUCCCCUGUAGAAUUUAUAGGGUAUAAUUAUUAAAUGUUUCAUUAAGUGAGUGUUGUGGGGCCAGGUAAGGCAGGACCUUUCUUAUCAAGUAUUACUUUAGGGCAAAGGUUUUUAUCUAAGCAAGUGUCUCAGCUUACCUUAGGAAAUACUUCAAAUUAUAGAUGUCCAGGUUCCAUUCCCAUGGAUGAUUAGGUCUGGGUAUGUGUAGCUUAGAAAAUACUAACUGUGCAGAUAAGUUUUGUAUUCACUCAUUAAUGUAGACAACCACUAUUAUGUGGCAUAGAGAAAGAGUCAUGAAAUAGGAAGAGAAGUUUAACAUAGAAUAAAAUGCAGAACUAUAUUUAUUCAAUAAUUCAGUAUUUGAACAAAAAGUAUUUAUAUUAAAAUGCAAAGUUAUUUAUUAAGAUUAAUGAUACAGAGGGGAACUGCUUUAGAAGUCCAGUUGUGAAUGAACAGUGUUUAUCCCACAUGUAUUGAGGGCUUGCUCUGUGCUAUGUAUAGAUGUACAUCAGUGACAAGUACAAACUUAUUCCUUGCCCUCAGGGUUUAUACUCUUGUGGGGGACACAGAAGUAAGAUGAUUACCUCUUUGAUAAGUACUAUAAAGGAAAUAAACAGGAUAUUGUUAGGAUGUCCUUGAAAUGAUUUUUACACUUGAAUGAGCCAUGCCAAAAACUAGGAAGAGCAUGCCAAAUAAAAGGAACAGCCAUUGCAAAGGUCCUGAGGCAGGAAAGGCCUUUGGGCUCAAAGGGAUGGGAAGGAAUUCAGUAUGGCUAGCAGCAGUGAGCAAAAGUGUGAGAGGAAGUCAGAGAGAUUGGAAAAGAUCAGGGCAUGCCAGAACACACAAGCCAUGACAAAAGCAAGCAUUUUUCAUUUUUUUUUUUCAGCAAGGGAGUAAAAAGCCUGAUCACAUUUUCUAAAGCUCACUGGCUCUCUGGAGACUAGAACUGGGAGGGAGCAAGAGUGGGAGUAGGAAUAUCAGUUUGAAAACUACAGUGAAAGCAGGCAGUGUGGACCAGAGUAUGACAGAGACAAGUGGGUUCACCUGUGCCUGGCCCUGAAUAAUACCAGUAAGAAACAACAUACUUCUUUUCCAAAAUGACAAGAUUUCUUCUUUCUCCUCCUCCUCCCCCUCCCCCCCUCCUCCUCACCCCUCCCCCUCCUCCUUCUUCUUUUCUUCUUUGAGAGAGAGGGCAUGGGGUGUACAGGGAAAGAGAGAGAGAGAAGCAGAAUCUCAAGCAGACUCCCUGCUGAGCACAGAACCUGACACAAGGCUCAAUCCCAGGACCCUGAGACAAUGACCUGAGCUGAAAUCAAGAGUUGGAUGCUCAACCAACUGAGCUACCCAGGCACCCCAAAGUUUUUUAUUUCUUAAAUAUAUUUUUUAAAGAUUUUAUUUAAUUAUUCAUGAGAGACACAGAGAGGCAGAGACAUAGACAGAGGAGAAGCAGGCUCCAUGCAGAAAGUCUGAUGUGGGACUCAAUCCGAGGACUCUGGGAUAACACCCUGAGUCAAAGGCAGACACUCAACCGCUGAGCCACCCAGGUGUCCCUAUUUCUUAAAUAUUUUGAUGCAGUUGAACUACUUGAAUAUUAUUUUAUUAUAUUAUUUAUUGACUUGUAUAUAUGUUAAUUUUAUUUAUUGUUUUGAUUCUAAUUUAAGGUUUUUAUUUCUUUACUCAGCUUUCAUGAAACCAUUUUUUAUAAACUCUUUAGGUGGAUUUCACACUUACAUGUCUACAUAUGACACUUGCUAUUAAUCUCCAAACUUUUUCUCAGUCAUUUCCAUCUCAAUAGUUUUAGUACCUCCACUCACGCUGGAAACAUUAAGUCCUUUUAUUUUCUAAAUCAGCAGCUCUAAUUGGACCUUUUUCUGAAAUUCUGAUAUGUCCAAGAAUUAGAUAAGUCUCUGCCUACAGCCCCCUACACACACACACACACACACACACACACACACACACACACACACACACAAUCCUGCAGAGAAGAAGUUGACUUCUAUUUGAAGUCUCUCAAAAUCUUUUGUCUUGCAGGGUACCUCCUGGGAAUGUUACCUCACAAUAGUUAGUAAAGAAUAUCAUAAAAUAAACAAACCUUCACUUUAAAAUAUCUAAUAAAUGGUCACGUUGUGGAAAUCACAAAUUGUAUUUACCAGGUAACAGAAAGUCUAUCCUAAUGUUAUCCAAAGAGUUCUUGUGGUUUGGAAUGAUUUUCAUUGACAGGAUUACAUGUAGGUUCAUUAUAUAAAUGAUAGAUUCAGUUAAAGUGUCAAAAAACCUAAAUAAAAGUGUAGAUGCUGAGCUCUGGAGAACUCUUGGGUAACCCCAAGAAAUAGAAGUCAGUGAUGUCAGUGAUUCAGGUGACAAUUGUAAAUGAGAAUGUUCUUUAAAUGUAAUGAUCGUUCAGGAACCUAAUGUUUCUUGACUUUUGGAUAAAAACUUUUUUUUUUUUGGAUUAAAAACUUGAUAUCCUGUAUUUACUAUGUACUGCACUCAGUGUUCCUCCCUUAAUAGCACAGCAUAUACCAGUCUUGCUUUUCUGUGUGCUUGUUACUCUUAGCAUUCACUGUAUUGUGAGGACUCUUGACACAGAGAGUGCUUACCUGUUUUCUUCCCUCAUCUUCCCUCUGUAUAUACAGCAGAUAAUCAGAUUGUUGUUGAGUAAGUAAAUCAAUCACUCUAGUAUUUGAGCAUAAACGCUCAUGAUCACUGCUUCUUGAGCGUAUUUCAUCUUUUCUCAUUUAAAGUUUAUGUUUAUAAACAUUUGUAACUUUUAAAUGUUUUCAUUUCUGUUAGAAAGGUCUUAAAGCUUUUAUAAAAAUUCCAAUUAGUUAUCAUACAGUGUAUGUCAAAAUUUUUAAUGUCCAGUAAGUAGAUAUUAUAUUUUGGAGGAUUUUGUUUUGUUUGUUUUUAAAACUGGGAUCUUAGGCUCUAUGUCAGUUUUAUUCAAUGAGCAUAAUUGUUGGGGGAUUUACACAGUAUGAUUCAUUUUUUUCCUUUUUAGAAGAAGUCUGGCUAGAUAACAAUCUCAAAAUGUGGCACCAGGAUAAUCAAGACAAGCUUAGAAGUAUGGAGACAGGCCAUGAAUAUGAUGUUUUUAGGAAAAUAUUUCAUUCAAGCAUUAACUUUGUUCAUUUAGGAAUGAGACCCCAUAAAUGUGGCACAGGUGAAAAAAGUUUGAAACAUCCCUUUGAGUUUCUUAUUCCAAAAAAUAACCAUGGAAGAAAAAAGCUUGAUGAGCUCAAUAAGAAAUAUUUAUUCUAUAUCAAAGCUGAUAGAACUCAUGGUGGAAUGGCAUACUGUGGUUGCAGUAAAUGUAGAAAAGCUAGCAGUACAGGGUCGUGGCCCAAUGCAAACCAUGUAACACAUACAGGAGUCCAUUUAUGCAUGGAAUGUGGCAACAUCUUUAAUAAGAAGUCACAGCUCAUUAUACAUCAGCGAACUCACACAGGAGAGAAGCCCUAUGGAUGCAGUGAAUGUGGGAAAGCCUUCUCACAGAAGUCAUUGCUCACUAUUCAUCAAAGGACUCAUUCAGGAGAAAAACCAUAUGGGUGUGGUGAAUGUCAAAAAGCUUUCAGUAGGAAGUCACUGCUUAUUUUACACCAGAGGACUCACACAGGAGAGAAGCCAUAUGGAUGCAGCGAAUGUGGGAAAGCCUUCAGCAGGAAGUCACAACUUAAAAGACAUCAGAGGACUCACACAGUAGAGAAGCCCUAUGGCUGCAGUGACUGCGGGAAAGCCUUCUCCCAGAAAUUAAAGCUCAUUACACAUCAGAGAUCACACACAGGAGAGAAACCCUAUCAAUGUAGUGACUGUGGGAAAGCCUUCUUCUGGAAGUCACAGCUGAUUACUCAUCAGAGGACUCACACAGGGAAGAAACCAUAUGCAUGUAAUGAGUGUACAAAAGCCUUCAGCAGGAACUCACUGCUCAUCAGGCAUCAGAGGAUCCACACAGGAGAGAAGCCCUAUGAGUGCAGCGAGUGUGGGGAAGCCUUCAUCAGGAAACCACAACUUCUCAAGCAUCAAAUUACUCACACAGGAGAGAAGAACUAUCAGUGCAAUGAUUGUGAGGAAGCAUUCUUUAAGAAGUCAGAGCUGAUCAGACAUCAAAAAACUCAUUUAGGGGAGAAACCCUAUGGGUGUGUUGAAUGCGGAAAAACCUUCUUUGGGAAGUCACAGCUGCUAACACAUCAGAGAACUCACACUGGAGAGAAACCAUAUGAUUGCAGUGAGUGUGGGAAAGCCUUCACCCAGAAGUCCAGCCUGAUAUCACACCAGAGGACACACACAGGGGAGAAACCCUAUGAGUGCACUGAAUGUGGGAAAACCUUCAGUGAGAAGUCAAGCCUUAUUCAUCACCAGAGAACCCAUACCGGAGAGAAACCCUUUGAAUGUGGUGAAUGUAGGAAAGCAUUUGCCUGGAAGCCACAGCUUCUUAGGCAUCAGAGAAUUCAUACAGGGGAGAAACCCUAUAAAUGCAGUGAGUGUGGGAAAGCUUUUGUUCAGAAAGUGCAGCUCAUUAAGCAUCAGAGAAAUCAUACAGGAGAGAAAACCUAUGGAUGUAGUGAUUGUGCAAAAGCCUUCUUUGAGAAGGCACAGCUUGUUAUACAUCAGAGAAUUCACACAGGAGAGAGACCCUAUAAAUGUGGUGAAUGUGGGAAGUCUUUUACCAGAAAGUCACACCUUAUGAGACAUCAGAGAAUCCAUACAGGAGACAAAUACUAUGUGUGCAGUGAGUGUGGGAAAGCCUUCAGCAGGAAGUCCCAACUCGUGAUUCAUCAGAGGACUCACAUACUCUAGGAACCAUGUGAGUACUGGAAUGUGAAAAAUCUCCUAUCAGACAUCAUGCCUUCUGACAUGUCAGAGGACACACAUACACGGGAGGAACCCUGUCAGUGCCCUGUGAAGGCAAGUCUCACCCAACACUUGAGAAAAGAGGGAAUCUUUUGAAGUAGACAGUGUAAGAGAGCCUUCUCCUAGAAAACACAACUGGUUACACAUUACUGACUUAACAUGGAAUUCUUAUCAAUAUUGUGGUACAGAAUCUUGUAGUCAGAAGUGACAGCUCAUUGUUAGAGGAACUACACUCAAGGAGAAACUGGGCCGUUGUAAAAAGCAAGUGAAAGGUUUCAUGAAGAAAAGAUAACUUACAGUACACUAGAGAAUGCAUACACAAAGGAAAUACUGAAUAGUAUGAAUUAGAGAUUUUAAUAUAGAAGAGCAGUCCUAAUUUGAAGAAUUUGGAUAAGCAUGAUCCUAUUGAAAGAGUUCUAUAACAUUGUGUUUGUUGUAUCUAAGUUUUUAUUAAAAUAGUUAUUUUUAAGUGGUAGAUGUGUUUGAAAUGUGAAGACUUCUGCUUUCUGCUACAGUGGUAUGGCAAGGAACAGAUUAAUUCCCCUGCCUUGAACAGCUAGAACCUGUAAAACAUAAAUGAAAUGAUAGUUUUGAGAUCUAUGGCAGGCAGAAGUUUGUGAUUCCUGGCAGAAGGUAGACAGAGUGAGGUGAGCCCCAUGACAGCCCAGCCUAGUGCCUGGUGGCAGUUCCCAGGCUGCAGUAUUGUUGAAGAGAACUGCUGACUAGGCAUUUGGGAAGGCCGUGGUAGCUAGAAUUUGCAGGGGAAAGUACUGGGGAGGAGGGAGCUUUCCAGGAAGAGGGCUGCAGAAAUCCAAGGAGUCCUCUUGAGUCUCUUGGCUUAGUGCUGAUCUACAUAUGUGUGUGAAAGGAAAAAGUAGUUCUGGAAAGCAGUAGGCUGAACAGUUCCUAGAAAUCAAAGCAGGGCUGCGAGUAAAGUUCCCACCAGCUUUGAACACAUGGGGCAUCAGGUAGGGUUCUCAGCAGAGUAAACCUUGUGAAGUAAUUAACCCUAGAUUAAAAUCCACUCUGGACCCACAGUGUGUGGCAUCCAAAAACUUAGCUGGCAUGCGAAGAAGCUACAAGAAUACAACUUGUAACCAAGACAAAAAAUGAUUCAGUAGGAAGAGACAUAAAAGAGACCAAGACAGUUGGCAUUAGAUAAGGAUGUUCAAGUAGCUUUUAUAAAUACACAGGAAAAUGUGAAUGUGAUAAAACCUGAAGUGGAAGAUGUAUUUUAAAAAGCCCAAGUGUGGGGAUCCCUGGGUGGCUCAGCAAUUUAGCACCUGCCUUUGGCCCAGGGCAUGAUCCUGGAGUCCCGGGAUCAAGUCCCACAUCAGGCUCCCUGCAUGGAGCCUGCUUCUCUCUCUGCCUGUGUCUCUGCCUCUCUCUCUCUCUCUCUCUCUCUCUCUCUGUCUCUCAUGAAUAAAUAAAUAAAAUCUUUUUUAAAAAAAGCCCAAGUGCAACUUCUCAGGAUGAAAACAGUAGUAUCUGAGGAUUAAAAAAAUGACCAAAAACAGCCUACUUUGAAUGGAAUUAAGAACAGAUCAGACAAAGAAAAAGAAACGUUGAUGAACUUAAGUACGAACAAAAACUGUCCAACUGCUGUACACAGAGAAAAAAAAGACUGGAAGAAAAGAGAGGAGGGAGUCAGUUGCAGUGGGACAACCAACAUACAUCCGAAGUGGAGUUGUAGGAGAGGAUGGGGAAGAGGCAUGAGAAAGUAUUUGAGUAAAUAAUGGCUGAAAUGUUUACACAUAGGAUGAAAAGUGUGACACCACAUAUUUCAGAUGUUCAAAGAACCCCAAACAAGAUAUGUAAAGAAAAUCCUGCGAAUGGACAUCAUAGUCAAAUUGAUGAAGAACUAUUGUAAGACACCUAGAGAAAGAUAGGAUAUGGUCACAGAGCAGAGAAUGACAGCACACUCCUGCCCAGAAAGUACUUGAGCAAGAAGACAGAGUGACCCCUGCAACCUGGCAUUUGUCUGUUACCCAUCUUUCAAAAAUGAAAGCAAAAGGAGACUUUUUCAGAAAAAGUCAAAGAGAAUUUAUUAGCUCUAGGCCUUCCUUCAGGAAACCUUAAAGUAAGUUUCAGCACAGCGGGAAAAUCAUCCUCAAUAGAAAUGUGGAUCUACAGGACAAAAUGAUGAGUUCUGGAAAAGAUGAAUAUGUGGAUAAACAAUAAAUGAUUUUUUUCUCAUUUUAAAAUCUUUGAAAAAGGUAAUCGAUUGCUUAAGGCCAAAGUAGUGACAAUGUAUUGUGGGAGUAAAGUGUACAACAACAACACUUAGGUAUGAAUUUUCAAACACAGUUAAAUAGAUUGCAUGAUGUGAGUUAGAAACCUGUUCCUCAGGCUCAGAGUGACUCUCUAGCAGCUACACUGCACAUAGGCUGGACCUGGAUAGGUCCUGGUUGUGACCUACUUCUCCCUGCCCUGCACUCUCAGGGGCUGCCCCACUAAUUUUUCUGCUUAGGCCCAACCAUGGGAGGGGCUAGAUCAGCCGGUGGGAGAGGAAAGGCUGGAACAUGUAUUCCUCCCAGCUCCCCUUACUGGACCUUGGUUUUGGGCGAGUGUAUGCCUGUAUGGCUGCAGCUCCUGCUGGGCAGCGCUCCUCUGGGGCUGUAGACUUCUCAGUUAACACCUCCCUCUCCUUGCUCUUCAGAUACUUUACCAUCUCUGGUUGGUGUCCUUAAUUAUGAACACAUAUGUAAAUAGUCCCUCUAUUAAAUGUUCUUGAGUUAAUAUUCUGAGUGUACCAUUUGUUUUCUGUGCCAUGUUAAAUGAUGAGCAUUUAACAAAAUUUUGAGUGUCAACUAUUGGUACAUGUGCCUCAUAGGGCAUAGACUGAUAUCUAUCAAGAUUUCCCAUACUGAGUGUCAAUGUUUUCUCUUCGUUUUUAAGCAAUUCAAUAGAAAUUACAUUACAAAGUUCUUUGUGUUUUUUUUGUUUUGUUCUCCUGCAAAUGUGAAUGGCUCCACAGAUUAUCAUCUGCUACAUAUCUAAUGGUCUUGCAGUUAUUACCAACCCUUCUUCAAUAAGAGAAACUAAAACAUUUAUGAAGUCUCAUGCUAUCUCUGGAUUAGCCAAGCAAUUUACAAAACACAUUGGCAUUAUGUUCAAUAUGUAUGGACAAGAAAAAGAUAAUGAGUUACUGCAUGAGGUAGAAAGGAAUGAUUGUGCUGUGCAUACCGUCAUUCCGUAUUGUGCUUUUUAUUCUAUAUAAUCUAUAUAAUCUGUAGCCCAUGGACAAGAUUCUCAUGUCAGUAGUCAGAAUUGCCAGAGUCUCUAAAGCUCCACACCAUUGCCCAUCACCAACACCAUAGUCUAGUCAUGUAGACUACCAAUGAUCCCCAACACAGCAGCCCCAUACGUGGUCAUUUGUCAAACACCUCUUAAGAAUUUCACCUUUCUUUAUGAUCUCUCACCCAGUCCUUUUCCCUUGGUACCCAGAGCACUUUUGAAGGGAAAUAAUUGCCAUCAGGCUACCCAGCUGCAUUUUCUCUCCAGGUGCUUUUCCAUUUCAAUAUGCAUUUUGAGGAAGCUUUUCACGCGGGUCUUCCAUUUUGUAUAACCCUGAAACACACCAUUCACAAUGCAGUCUGUGCCAAUAAACUUGUGUAUUACACUGGUCCUGUCUUUAAGGAAUUAGCUUGCAAAUGAAAUCAAUGUCUCGAGGCUUGGUAGUUGGAAUAUAGUGCUGUGACACUUACCUGUAACAGUUUCUCUGUAAUAGGACUGUGUGCUCUAUAUCUGAUAGCAAAAUGGUUUCUACCAAUACAGCUCUCCUCGGGCCCCAUGUGUUUGUCACAUAGUGAAGGCAAGGCCAUGCUCACUCUCCUCUUAGAAAACUUGGGACGCCUGGGUGGCUCAGUGGUUAAGCAUCUGUGUUCGGCUCAGGGCGUGAUGCUGGGGUCUGGGGAUCAAGUCCCAUGUCGCGCUCCCUGCAAGGAGCCUGCUUCUUCCUCUCCCUCUCUGCCUCCUUUCUGUGACUCUCAUGAAUAAAUAAAAUCUUAAAAAAAAAAAAAAAGGAGAAGAAGGGAAAACUUUCUCUCAUGAUGUCUGCAGCUUAGAAGCAGGCAGUGUAACAUCUCAUUACCAGCUCACAAGCAUGACAAGUAAUAAGUUCCAGCAUUGCAUGCCCCACCUGUGGAUUUAGUGAUGCUAUCUGAUCAUUGUUUAUUUCCUUUGUGGGGUCUUUGCAAUUUAGAGCACAGUCAUUACUCAUUGUAUCCGGGUAGUCUUGACUUCAUGUCAUUGAGACUGUUACUUCCAGAAUGCUAGGAUUAAAUAAGCCAGGGAACACCAACGUUAAUGCCUAAAUCAUUAUACUUAGGUAUUUUGCAACACCUACAUCAUUACAAGUGCCCAACACAGAGUGUGUUGCUUUAGAAGCAGUCAUUGGUAAGAUGAAAAGAAUACAAAUGAAAUGACAUUUGUCAUUUGAAGUUCUCAUUUAAAGCACUGCUAUCAUUCCUGUCAUUACAAUUUAUAUAAAAGCCACAUUAAGCUCAGAUUCACAAGAAGAUGGGGAAGCAGAUUAACUUCUGGUGUUUGUUAGAGUGGUCAUGCUAAGGGAGCAUUUAAACCACGGACUUGCUACCGCUGUAGCCAGCAAAGUGGCUUGUGGGUUUAUCUCCAAACUGUGGUGAUCACAGGGCAGCAAUCAGUGAAUGAGCAAGUUAAUGUAUACUUACUCUAUCACAUGUUUGUACAGAGCAGGAUGUGUCAGGUGAGGACACCUGAGCUCCUGGCCAGCUGUGCUUCACAUACAAGGUUAGGUCAGACCACUAAUGGGAAAGGUUGGGUCGCUGUCAUUUUGUGAGGAGCAGCCUGUGAACUGUCUUCACUGCCUGGUACACCGAGAGCACAAACUGUGCUAGCUCAGACCUAUGGCCACACUGCUCUUUGCUGUAUUGGAAAACAAACUCUUUGUACCUAUAUGUUUACUCAGUAAACUGUUCAAUGAUUGA